GCUGGGCUGGGAGUGAGUGAUCAAUGUCUGUGCUGUGUGGGGAUGCUGCCCAAUGUUUCACCUGUUGCCAGCCUCUUAAAAAACCUUAGAAGUUUGAUUUACCCUGGAAAAAAUAUUCCCAGACUUCUCUAAAGAAGGAAAAAGGCUCCCAGUUGACUCCAUGGUCCUACUGCCCUAUCCCUCUUUGCCUGCGGUGGGCCUCCAGCCCAGCCCAGCCCAGGAUGGAAGGCAGAUCCCUGGACCUCUCAAACUCCUCUGCCUUUGCCAUCACCCGCCUUCACCAUCAUCCACCAUCGUAUCUGAACAUGCUGCAGGACAAUAUUGCUUAAAGAAGGAGAUGAGGAAGGAGGCCAAGCUGCCAGAGGAGACUUGGACAUGCCAUUAGCAGAGACAAGUUGGUGACAGGAACAGCUUGUGUUCUGUGUGGCUGUAAGCCCUACGAUCUGGGGCUCCAGCCAGGGCUAAAUGGUGACUUGUGUUGAGGUUAGAAAUGAGCAUUAGGUGCAGGGAUACUCAUAGCACAGGAGUGCUGUGUCCAGCCUCAGGAUGCUGUGAGAAGCUGCCCAGAGCUCAGCUCCUGGAAGGUUAUUUCACUUGCUGGGAUUAUUCCAGGCUGCUGAAACCAGGAGCAGGGCUUGGUGUGACAGCCAUCCUGCAGCCUGUGCAGUGUUAGAGCAGGCAGGGCCCUGGUCUGGUCCAGGGUUUGGUAGGUUUCUCAAGGGGUGAAAAUGCCAAUUACUCUUGAGGAGUUGCCAGAUGUUGGUGUAGGGACAGUAAGGGGCUCCCACCUGCUCUCAUGUCAAUGCCAUUUGCCCUCUGGUGAUGGGAUUAUACCUCCUUGAUUGCAGCCUUCCCAUCCCUGCUAGUUAACCCAGUGGCUUUGCCCCAGUCACACCAACCCCAUAGUGCCUGGCUUGGCAAGGGCCCUGUUUGUCAGCAUUGGUGGGGAGCCCAUCCUCAGUGAUGCUGCAGAGCCUCAAAUCUGGCACAGGCUCUUUGUGGGCAGGAAGGCACCCCUGGCCUUCGAACACCUGUGGCAUUUGGACAGCCAUGGCAUUUGGGCGCAGGGAUGGAUACUCAGCCAGGUUUCCCAGGCAGCAGCAUCUUGGCAGCCAAAUUCACCGACCAUCACCAUGGGGGAAUUAGGGGAGCCCCUUUCUGGGGAGCCAGGCACAGCACUGGGCUUAGUGUUUGGGGUGCAGCUAGUGGCUGCACUAGAGAGGUGGGGUCAGGAGCCCUUGGCUCUCACCCAGCCUCUCUUCUGAGCUGGCUGGGCAGCUUUGGUUGAGUUUCUUAACAUCUCUGUGGCUGAGCUCCUUCCCUGUCGAGGUGGGUGAAUCUUCUGAACAUAUUGGGAAACUGCUCCAGGAGCAGCCGGUCUGCCGGGAGGCUGCGCCGGGAGGAGCUGGCUGUGGGUGGCCACAGCGGACUUGCCUGUGGACAGAGAGGUGACAGGGAAGGGUGAUUCCUGCGGAAGAGGGAUGGACAUCACCUCUUUGGGUCUUGAUUUUGGCCAAGAUGGUGAGUCUGUCCUGAGCCCUGGCAUGAACCCAUCACGUGCAGAGGCAGGGCCACCCCGGGCCAUCACAGGGCAGGUUGGGUGAAGCUGCCACCUCCUGCCACCUCCGCCUUCAGCUCCAGAGGCUGCCACCGCCAUCAGAGAGACGGCUGCUGCUCUGCGGGAUAGCAGCUGAUUAGCUCCUCCAGCUGGUUUAGUGGCUUAUUGGUGACAGUCCCCAGGUGGAUUUCAUUUUCCCAAGAGAGUGUAUGCACGUAUUUGGUGUGUUUAAUGCACACUGUCCCUCUCCCACUGCUCAGGGAAGCAGAAUGGUGUUCCUGCAGUGCCCUUGCAGGGCUUUCCUGCAUGCAGGGUCCUUGUAGCAGGCAGUGUAGGGGUGGUCAGGACUGGUUAUUCAGGGAUGCUCCUGGUACAGGGACACUCGGGGUUGAUGCUGUGGCUGGCAGCACAGGGAUGUUCAUGACAGUGGGAUGCUCAGACCUGCAGCACAGGGAGGUUCAUGACACAGGGGUGCUUGCAGCCAGCAGUGUGGGGAUGUGAUAUCCCAGGACAAAGGGAUGGGAUGAGAGUGUGUGACACAGGACCAGCAAAAAAGGUUGUUUUUCUGGCAAGAAAGUGGAUCUCUAGUUAGGGAUUUGUGUGUUGUCCUGUUCAGCAACAAAGCCUUGCAAGUGAUGGAGCUCUGCUGUGACUGCCCUGGGUCGACAAAACCGGCAGGGGCGUCACAGCACAAAAACUUGCCUUCUGGAGCCUGACUGCCGUGUGAGAGCCAGGGCAGGAGCAUCCAAAGGGCAGGACUCCACAGGAUAUUUGGGCAUUUCCUUCCCCGGCCAAACCCAGGCAAGCACGUGUCACCGCUUCCCAAGGAGUGCUUCGGAGGGAUUGUGUCGGUCUCCAAGAGCUCGGGGCGAAGCUCACGGCUGUCCCCGCAGGAACGAGCUCUGCGUUGGAGGGCAGUGGGUGGCUCAGGGUGCCCGGUCCGCUGGCACAGGGGUCCUGGGCCGGCCGAGGGCACGCCUGGCUCCACGCAGCCGGCACAGCCGGCGCCAGGCGAGUGCCUCCGGAGGGUAAAUACGGGUUUGUGCCGGGCCGGCUGCCAGCGCGGCGGGUGAUGUGCCCGUCCCGGCCGGCCGCUCCCCGGGUGCCCCCCGCGCCCCACGAGGAGCCCAGCCCAACCUGGCAUCCCCGCCAUAGGAGGGCAGCCCGCGGGGAAACUGAGGCACAGGGGAAGGGGGCUGCUUGGGAAUGCGCCGCGCGGGGCUGUGCCUCAGCGGGGAUCCAGAGGCCGAGGCCCGGAGCCAGGCUGUGCCAGGGUUGAGGGUCCCGGCCCCGUCUGGUGCUGGGCGGCCGCGCUGCCUUCGCCACGGCCGGCGGCCGGCCCGACAUUUGUAAGCAAUUUGCCGGAGCGUUCCGGAGGUGCUUCCCGCUGCCGCUUGGCAGCCAGACGCCGCACAGAAGCUCUCCGGCUCCCUCGAGGCCUCGCUCAGGCCCGGCCCUGCGCUGCGGAGCCUCGUCCCGUCCGGGCAGGCGCCGGGGAACGCGGCGGGGCGGCAGAACGGGCGCGGAGCCUGGCGGGACCCCUCACAGGGAUCGCACUGGGGAGCAGGGCCGGGCAGGGGCAACCGCGGCUGGAGUUAACCCUUGGGGUGCGCCAAGCUGGGUUUUCCCUGGAAAUAAAUAACCCCUCCAGGGUGUCUUGUGUUUCAGCGCUGGGUCCGUGUUCUGGGCUCAUUCUCCCGGGAUAUGAGUGUGCUCUGGGGGGGGAUGGGGGUUGCGGAUCAGGCCUGAGAGCGCCCCUGCCCCAGUGCAAUCCCAAUGGGGGUGAUGAUGUGGCUGGGAAGGAUCUGGCCACACCAUCCCAGUGCUGUAGCUGGAUUAACCCUGCAGCCCUUUCCCAGCCCAGCUCUGCAGCCCCCUGGCCAAAGCUGUAGAGGCCAGACUGGGAGGGCUGUGGGAUUGGGAACAGCUUGGCCCAGCCUCUGCUGAGCUCCAGAACAUCUGUGUGGAAAAGGAUGGGCACGAACGGGAAGAGAAGGGGCUGAAGAAAUGUGAGGAAAACCUGGGGAAUUGGUCAAAAGAAGCAUAUGGAUGGAAUGAGGAGGGGGAAUGCAGGGAAAUGUCCCAUCGGCUGCCUUCCUGUCACCAGGUCCCUGGAAUUUGAGGCUGUGCAGCAGGAUGGCAGUGGUGGAGGGGUCCCAGCUGCCUAGCUGUGCUCUGCUUCCCCUCCAUCCCUCCAUUCCUCUCUUUCCCAUACCUUUAUGCUGGAGUGCCAAGACACUUUCCCACCCAUACUUCACCUUCCAGCCUUGCUGCAAACCCUCCAGCUCUCCAAGCAGUGAUUUACCCAGCUGCAAACCAGGGAUGCUUUCCCUCUCUGCCCAAGGUGGAUGCAGGCAUUUAGGAAGACCCUCAAAGGCAAUGCUGCUCCUGGCUCUGCUGUUUGUGACCUGUGGCUUUCUGAGCCACCCGCACCAUGUCCAUGUAGUCCUGCCUUGUGUCCUGGCCUGACUGGGCUGCUGGAGCAGGGAACGAAUUUGAGGAAUGUUGCUCAGGGAGAUGUGGAUGCUGACAGCAGCCUGGGACACCCAUCAUGUCUUUGGACAUCCCAGCCCUGCUUACUGGACCCCACUGGCCAGCUCAGUCCCCUUGAAGGUGGGGUUAGGGGUAGGAUUUUUGGGUGAACUCUCCUUCUUAAAACAGUGAGUGUUGCUCAACUCCAGGACCAGCCCCCAGGGGCUGUGGGAUGUUUCUGCCUCUUUUGGAGGUGCUGGUGCUCAUUGGGCAUCUCCAUCCAGCCCGUCUCUUUUCCCAGCAUUGCACUCCCAGUGGUCAUCACUGAGGGUCUGCCCCUCCUGCCCUGAGUAAGGACCCCUCUUCCUCCUUUCUCUUCCCCUUCCCAACCAUUUUCCAGUGGUAGUUUUCAGCUGCAGAUGGUGGGAGAAAUCCCAGUGGUUACAGUUCUCUAGGACUCGGAUCAGAAGUGGCCAAUUUACAAGUGAAAUGUUAUUUUUCCUGGCUGCUGAGGUCAAGGGAAUCGAUUUGUCCUUGAUGAAGACCCCAGAUCCUAAGCUAUUAGGGCUGGGAGGGGGAAGUGGGAGCUCUGCUGAGUGAUGGCUUUUGGAGCCAGUUCCUUUGGGAAGGUCUGUUGGAUUGGUGGCAGAGGCUCAAAGACAAACAGUCCCUGGAAGAGGUAAUUAGGGUGAUCCUGUCCUGAUCCCCUCAGCUGUGGUGAAGAGUCACGAGUCCUUCACCAGCAGCCACUCCAAGCUCAUUUUGUGUUAAUUAGGCUGUUUACACAACACUGUAAAUUGCAGUAAUGAACACCCCGGUCCUUGGUUUCCUUUAAUUAUCCAUUUGCAUGAUGAAUGAGCCAGCCCCCCUUCAGCUCUUCUUUUCCAGCAGAGGGGUCACACAGCCCAGUCUGGCUUGUGGGAUCUGCCAUGCAAGGUGGGCAGAGACCUUGGGAGAGAGGGAGAAGAGAAGGGAACUGAGGAGGAGAAGGAGAGGAAGGAAAAGGAGCAGGAUCUUUAGCCCCGGAGAUGUACCUGGCUGCGAGGAAAGGGGCUCCUUCCCCAGGACCGAGUGGGGUUUGUGCAUCUGUUUCACCCCAGGCUCCGAGCCUGACACUCGGACUUUGAUUUUCUGUAGGAAAAAGCACAGAAACCAUUCAAAGCAUUUAAUCCUCCCUGGCUCGGCGAUGGGGCUGCCUGGAAAGGCAGAGGAGGAGUGGUGGUAUUUCUUGGCCCCCCACAUACCUUCCCCUUUCUUUCCCUUUUGACUUAGUGGAUGAAUUCCAGAGAUGUUAAUCCGCUCUCAACCCCUCGGUGAAGAACAAAAUGUCCUCUCUGUGUGGGAGGAAGGAAUCCAUUCGAAUUAAUUGCGGGAAGGAUCAGGGAGCUGGGGGUGCACUGGGGGUGCGUGUGAGGCUGUGCUGAGGGUGGGCUGAGCAUCCUCUGCUGCCCAGUGGUCCACAAAGGAGGAGGAGAUAUGGGCAGAGGAAUAGGGAUAGCCAAGGUGGCACAAUCCUUGGGUCCCUGAAGGGGAGGGAAGGCCGGGCAGGGGGCUGGGGAUAUCCAAGGUAGCACAAUCCUUGCAUUCACAGCUGAAAGCUUCAGCCUCUGCCCUGGCCAUAAAAAUGCCAACCAUGUGGUCUGUGGGCCAGGCCUCAGUGGCAGUGGCGGGCACAGGGAGCGAGUGGGGGGCAAAAUGGCCCCACUCAGCAGUUUUGGUGUGUCAGUGCCUAUAAAGGGGAGGGAAGCGCUCACUGUUCUGCCAAGCCAGGGUGGCGGGAGCUGCGGGGUCUGACCCAUCCCGGGGGCACACAUGGAUAGGGCAGGAGAGAUGGAGGGAGGAAAGUGCUAAGCUCGAGCUGGGUCAGCCCACUGAGGGUUCGUGGAGGUAAAAGUGGAGGCAGAGGAGAGUAAGGAGAGACCCCCGGGAUGGGCCAGGCGCUGUUCUGCGCGCUGGGAGAGCUCCUGGGAUCUGCCAAGCGCCUGAACGUGAACUACCAGGAUGCAGAUGGGUUCUCAGCGCUGCACCACGCAGCCCUGGGCGGCAGCCUGGACCUCAUCUCGCUGCUGCUGGAGGCACAGGCCACCGUGGACAUCAAGGACAGCAACGGGAUGCGGCCCCUGCACUACGCGGCGUGGCAGGGCCGCGUGGAGCCCGUGAGGGUGCUGCUCCGUGCCGCCGCCUCCGUCAACAUGGCCUCGCUGGACGGGCAGAUCCCGCUGCACCUCUCAGCGCAGUACGGCCAUUACGAGGUGUCGGAGAUGCUGCUCCAGCACCAGUCGAACCCGUGCCUCAUCAACAAGGCGAAGAAAACCCCGCUGGACUUGGCCUGCGAGUUCGGGCGGCUGAAGGUGGCCCAGCUGCUGCUGAACAGCCAUCUGUGUGUCGCCCUGCUGGAGGGACAAUCCAAGGAUGCCACUGACCCCAACUACACCACUCCGCUGCAUCUGGCAGCCAAGAACGGGCACAAGGAGAUCAUCAGGCAGCUGCUGAAGGCUGGGAUUGAGAUCAACAAACAGACAAAGACAGGCACAGCCCUGCACGAGGCCGCGCUCUACGGAAAAACAGAGGUGGUGCGGCUUCUGCUGGAGGGUGGAGUCGACGUGAACAUCAGGAACACCUACAACCAGACAGCACUGGAUAUUGUCAACCAGUUCACCACCUCACAUGCCAGCAAGGACAUCAAGCAGCUGUUGAGAGAGGCAUCAGGAAUCCUGAAGGUCCGAGCUUUGAAGGAUUUUUGGAACCUCCAUGACCCAACUGCUCUCAAUGUCCGAGCAGGAGAUGUCAUCACGGUCCUGGAGCAGCAUCCAGAUGGCCGAUGGAAGGGGCACAUCCACGACGCUCAGAAAGGCACUGACCGGGUCGGGUACUUCCCCCCCUCCAUUGCUGAAGUCAUCAGCAAGCGGACAGGCAUGGUUGUCCCGCGCGUGGCACCCGCGCAGCAGCGCCAGGGUCCCCCCGGGGCCCUCCCGACCCCCCCUGGGGGGCUGCAGCACCUCCCCGACGAGUGUCCACACCCGGCAGCCCCGAGCGGCCCAGCGGCCUUUGGUCACCUCACCCUAACCCGGACGGCCCCAGGCCCUGACAGCUCAGCAGGAGACAGGAACAGCGUGGGCAGCGAGGGCAGCAUCGGCAGCAUCCGCAGCGCCGGCAGUGGCCAGAGCACCGAGGGCACCAAUGGGCAGAGCACCAGCAUCCUCAUCGAGAAUGCCAGGCCUCUGCCCUCCACCGGUGACAACCUCCAGCAACACCUUUUGGGAUCAGAGCCACACAAUGGGACCUCCCCAGCAGGGCCACAGGGCCUCCAGACCCCAGGCAGCUGCCCCCCUGGAGACAGGGUCUUCUCCCACCAGUUCUUGCGUCCUGAACAGCUCCUCGAGGGGAAGGAUGCAGAAGCCAUUUACAACUGGCUGCGUGAGUUCCAGCUGGAGUCAUACACUGUCAACUUCCUCAGCGCUGGCUACGAUGUCCCCACCAUCAGCCGCAUGACCCCAGAGGAUCUGACAGCCAUCGGUGUGACCAAACCAGGCCACAGGAAAAAGAUCUCUACAGAAAUUGGGCAGCUCAGUAUUGCUGAGUGGCUGCCCAACUACAUCCCGGCUGACCUGAUGGACUGGCUCAGUGCCAUUGGGUUGCCCCAGUACCACAAAAAGCUGGUGAACAACGGCUAUGAUUCCAUCACCAUCGUGACGGACCUGACAUGGGAGGACCUGCAAGAGAUUGGCAUCAACAAGCUGGGCCACCAGAAGAAGAUCAUGUUGGCUGUCAAGAAGCUCAGAGACCUCCGCAAAAACCUCAAUCAAGCAGAAGCAACUCUGGCAAGACGCAAAGUCCCCGGUUCCCUGGACAUUGUCACCAUUGAGUCGCUGGAAAAUGGGGAGUGCCACUCCCCACACACGCUCAAAAUGACAACCUUCCAGGACAGUGAGCUCAGCUAUGAGCUCCAGACAGCCAUGUCCAACAGCUGCCACGACACCCUCGGCAUCAAGAGCAGCCAGGGAAUGUCACGGAGCCAGGAGAGCAUCGGGGUGCGGUCGCGGGGCUCAGGGCACUCGCAGGACAACGUGCUGUCCCGGCGCCUCUCCAGCCCCUCGCAGGAGAGCCUGGGCAGCGGCGAGAGCAGCAGCAGCAGUGGGCAGUCCUGUGCGCCCCCUCGCAGCAAGGAGAGCCCGGCCAGCCUGCCGGGCCGGCCCAGCCCCGAGCCCUAUGGGAAGCUUGUGUCCCCCGAGGGGCUGAACGGCUUUGCCAAUGGUGGCGGCGGGGGCAGCCCUCUCAAGGAGAGGAACCUGCCCGAAGGAACGGAUCAGUACGCCCGGCCGGUGGCUCAGAAAGGAGCCGGGACUCCAGCAGUCACUCCCUGCACUCCUCCCCAGACUCCCAGCAAGGGAACAGCCCCGUACGUCUUCAUGUACCCACAUGUCUCCUUGAAAUCCCCAACGGCCCCGUCUGUCCUGGGAGCAGAGCAGCCCAAGGCCCUAGCACAUCUCCCCUCCAUCUCCCCUGGACAGAAGAGCAGCCUGCAGACGUCAGCCCAAAAAGGCUUCUCCUACCUGCACAGCCAGUGUGGCCCCACAGAGCCACCCACCACAGCCCCCACGACUGGAGAGCAUCACAAUGGAGGCGAAGGCUUGAAACACAAGAAGCGCUCGCACAGCCUGAACCGCUACGCGCUGUCGGAUGGGGAGCAUGAGGAGGAGGAGGGGGCCCCCAGCAGCACCCUGGGCUCCUACGCCACGCUGACGCGGCGGCCGGGCCGCAGCCAGAUGCCGCGGGCCUGUCUGCAGGCGGAUGCCAAGGUGACCCGCAGCCAGUCCUUCGCCAUCCGGGCCAAGCGCAAGGGCCCUCCGCCGCCGCCUCCCAAGCGCCUCAGCUCCGUGUCCAGCGCCCUCACUGCCGAGGCAGACGGUGAGCAGCCCCCCAGCCCCGAGCGGCAGCCCACAGCCCCUCAGGACAUGGUUGACACAGGUGCCACCCCCAGUGAUGCUGGCCGUGGCAGGACAGUGAAGAGCCUGGCUGCUGCGCUGGAGGGAACACCAGGUGUGAAUCCUCCCAAGCCCCUCCUGGCCCCAAAACCACUGCACCUGACUCAGGACUCUCUCCCCCGGGCAGAUGUGGGUGAGGGGUCCCAUGAUGGCAGCGAUGCCAGCAGUGCCACACUUUCCGAUGGCAGCAGGGACCCCUUUGAGAGCGGCAAGCCACGGAGACGAACAGUGAGUGAGCCCAGCGCUCCUAUGACAGAGGUGGCUGCACAGGGUGAGCAGGAGGAUGCCUGCUCAGACACUGAGGAGGAGGCCAAGCCAGGGGUCUCCUCUUCAUCGUCACAGAACAGCUCUAGCGAGUGCAUCCCCUUUGCAGAAGAAGGCAAUUUAACCAUCAAACAGCGGCCCAAGCCCAGUGGGCAUUCCAAGGCUGAUGUGGCCGUGCCAGACAUGGAGCCUGGUUCCCAGCCAGCAGAACCCCAGGGCUCCACUGGGAAGGAGCCAGCAGCCCCCGCUGUCACCAAGGAGCCGCCCGUGCUGGAGUUCAACCUCACCGAGUCAGACACGGUGAAGCGCCGGCCGCGCUUCAGGGAGCGGGAGCCGCUGCAGGCGGUGCUGAAGGCGUUCAGCAUGGCGGGGCAGGCAGAGGCAGGGGGCACCUCCACACCCCAGUAUGCCCAGGCCCAAGCCGUGAGCAUCGCGGGCCCCCCCACCUCGGCACCAGCACCACAGCCCACUCUGGCUGGGGAUGCCUUUGACGAUGACAGUGUGGAGUUCAGGAUUGCUGAGAUAGAGAAAAGCAUCUUGUCGCUGGAGAAAGGGAUGAAGAAGGCCCCAAGCCCCACCAAAGCCCCCAGCCCCACAGAGCUGGUUGGCACGGCUGUGGUGAGGACACCCACUCCAGAUGUCCCUGCCAAGCACACCUCCGUGGCAUCCACCAAGCUCGUCUUCUCUGGACCCAAGACCAUCUAUCAGCAGGUCCUGCAGCCCUCCCGCCACACUGUUGCUCCCUGGGCAGCCACCGAGGCGGUGCCUGAUGUGGUCGGGUCCCUGCCCGGCCCUGGCUCACUGAUGCUGGAAACAGGCAGCAAGGUAUCAGCAAAGCCUUUGGCUGCUGCCCCGGGGGCCACCCUGGCCCAGCAGUGGCUGGAGCAGACCAACUCCAGCCUAGCUGCCACACUGCAGGCGGCCGAGAAGAAGAUCACAGUGGAGGAGGCAGAGAGCCACCCUGGAACCGUGCACUCGGCCAAGAACAUCUUGGAAGACAUCAGCAACAUGUUCGACGACCUGGCCGACCAGCUGGAUGCAAUGCUGGACUGAGGCUUGCUCCCUCCUUCCCCUCCCCACCCCUGGCUGCUCCAGCAGUGCCCUUCGUGAUGGGGGAAAAGUGGAUCCAGCACUGAGCGGUGCCUGCAGGUCUCUCCAGCCGCCUCCCUCUCCACACUUUGCACUGCGGCUGGGAACAAAGCUGCCCUCCUUGCCCACCCUUGGCUCCGUGUCACAUGUGACAGCGUGGCCUUGGGCCGGUUUCCGAAGGGGUCAGGCAUUUCCCACCGGACUGGAAGCAGGAGGAGAGCCCAGAGGGGCUGCACAUGCAGUCCUGGAGGCCACGGAGAAGCCCUUGCUCCCUUGCACAGAGCUGAGGAGCCUCCACAAGGGACCUUUCUCUUUCCCUACUGCAUUGUCAGAGUCCUGCGUCUUAUUAUUUAUCCCCUGCCAACAAUGUGUCACCGGAGAGACCUCCCCGGGCAGCUGCCAGGGCGCUGGCAAUUCACUGUGCAGCCGCAGCCCCGGCCAGGCCUGACAGCCGCUAAAAGAAGACAGGGCUUGUUGCAAUUUGGCAGCUUGUGGAGCGAGAAGGAGCCUUUCUGCUUUUUUUGCCGCUUUUCCAAACGCAUCAGCAUCGGGCAGCGUGGAAUCCAAGUGGAUCGAAAUCCCUUCAGUGGGACCCUCAGACCCCUUGAGAUGGGGCUGGCACAGCCUGCAGAGCAGCGGAUGCUCCGCCACGGCCAUGCUGGACAUGUGAGCCUUCCUGCCCCUUCCCAGAGUGAUGAGGAUGGUAAUGGCAGUGCCAAAAACCUGGGAAUUUGGGCCAGUCCGUCUGGAUCAUGCUGCUCAAUGGAGUUUGCCCUCUGCCAACACAGUGCCUACGCAAACCCCCACCCUGGUCCUUCUAGAGUGCAGCAGCAGCAGCAGCAGCAUGAUUAAUGCUUUUUAAAUUCUUUUCUCCCCUCCCUUAUCCCUUUUUUUGGGAGAAAACAGUCCCUUUUCCCAGUGGCCCUCCCUUCAGGGAGCUGCUGGCACAAACCCUGCCGUGAGCAUUGUUCAACAGUAGCAGCGUUUGGGACCCGAUCCUUCCUUCCCCGCGGCUCUGCAGCCAGCGGGGGAGCUGACCCCGGAUGCCAGCGCGGCCACAGCCCGGGGCUGCAGCGGAACGGCUGCGAGAGCGCUCUGCACCCGAGCGGGAGGAGCGGCUGCAUCGCUCCCAGACAGAUUUCUCUCGCAGGAUCUGCUCAGUAGUGCAUGGCUAAAUAUGUCCAAGAGCCCCGAACUUGGCUCGCGCUCGGCAUGCCAAGCAAAUGAAAGCAUCAGAGCACCAGAAGGGAACCGAAGAUUGUGCUGAAGUGCCAUUUGCUACAAAAAUUCCAAACAAAGGGAAAGAAAAUUCCACGCAUUUCCCUUUUCUUUAAAAAAAAAAAUCUGAGAGGGAGAAGGUGGCUGAGAAGGCAGCUGCUUCCCAAUCCUGUCGGGAGUUUGCAGCUGGGCUGGACUGUUUGCAGAACCUUGUGCUGUUGGAUGGGAAGGGGAGCAAAGCCCACCUGAACAUUCCUGAGGUCUCUGCUCCUGAGGGCAGCUAUGCCAUGGGCUGGACAGGCAAGAGGUGCCAGCCUGCUUUCUGGGCUGAAAAUCAAAGACAAUAAGCCCUGAAAAAAACCUAAAAUCCCGUUGUUGUCUGGGACUUGAGGUCAGUGUGAGGCAGGUAAGACACUUCUUCCCUGGCUCUGAUUUCUGUCCCACACUGAGUGCAUCCACUGCCUGUGUCUGAGUGCCACAUCAUGGACAUGAUGAUUUCAAAUAGCUACAACCAGUGGCACUUUAUAAAGAGGUUCACAGAAACCUUUUAAAACUGAUUUUUACUCUCAUGAGUCAACCUGGGACAAGCCCAGUUGGUUGGUUUUUUUUCCAAUGUUGAUAAACUGUAAAUUUUUUUUUAAAGGCCAAUGUAUAUAUUUUAAAUGUGAUUUAUUCUAUAUAUUUACUAACCAGAACUGCAAGUCUUGGGUCAGGGAUAAGAGGACACUGGGGUGGAGCUGCCGCUGUCUGAGCCACCUGAGGGCAGCACAACGCUGCUCUCAUUGUCAAUAAGGGAACUAAACAUUUGAUUUUGCAGAAGAAUGCCUAUUUUUUGAGCUCUAGAUCUCUAUUUUGAAGCUACUGUAUGGUGUGUAAGUUAUGUACACUGCAACUGGGACUAACUGACCCCGGCUGCACCUGCUCCAUGCAGCGAGACAGUGAGGGGAAAAAAUAGCCCGUGUAAUCACCAGACUGACAACAGAUUUUAAACCAUCUGCUCUGUUUGUGUUAAUCAUGUGUUUUGUUUUCCACUAACAUCCAUUAAGACUAAAUUCUAUUAAACAGUGGGGCAUAUUUUACCCUUUUGAUA